CAGAAGCUAUAAAGGAAAAAGAAAUAUGUAAAUCGGUGAAGGGGAGAAUAGAAUGUUAAGUUUCUAUAGGGAGUUUACAUAUAGCACAUGAGAAACUGCGAACGCUUUGGGGGAUACGAUAGUUAAUCAAUACCUUAUCAAAAGAAAAACAAAAAUAAAAUAAAAGGCUCGAUUCUUUCGAAGAAAAACUCUUGACGUCUGACCCCAGCAAAAGUGUUGUACUUGAGUUUGAGAACUUUCUAUUGCAUGUUCUUGAUCUUGCUCGUUUACAACACUGGAAAGCCUUGAGUUCUGGCUAACCUUCCUUCCACGCAUAAUUACUCGUUCGCCGAAAGGCAAAAAUGCCAGAGCAAAUACUGUGUCAACAUUUAAAAAAACACUGAAACUACAAAAAUUAUAAAUUAAGCGUAAACGAGACCUAUGGAAAGAAAAAAAAAUAAAGUCAGUAGAAAGCGGACUUCACGCUGCUUACGAUUUCUGACCCUCUUCACGCUGUGAGACGCGAUUGAUUUUCUAUUCCAGUUUAUUUGCCUUGUAGGACUCUAAGCAACACUGUAAUAUUCGAAAGGAAUCUGACAACGUGUUUACUUUAUAUUCAACGCCGCUAAGAGUUGAUAUAAGACAUAUCGUUUCGUACUUAUUCUUCCGCAUUAGGUCCUCCAGACUCUCAAUUGUGAUAGUCGAAAAGAAAAUAUGUCGCACUGAAGCUAAAAUUGCGACUCUUUAACGAUGAGAAACUUGAAAGAGAAAUUUAUGCAAAACAAGAUGUCGCCUGCCACGUGUGAAUAAUGCAUAUUUUUCACCAAUAACAAUACGGAACCUGACAAUGACACGGUUGUUUAGCUUUACACUAGUUUCGAAGACUCGAAAGUUGUUAUUAUGAAAGGUUUUGUUCGGAAAUAGAGCGUAAAAUCAAAACAUUACACGAUCAUGUGUUCUAGAAGGUUUCUGCCUACGCUUGGGCUUUCAGUAGUUCUGUGCUGUGUAGCGUUCGGAGGAUAUUACUCGUUUCUUAAAGCCACCAUUGAUGGUGGCUAUACGGAGUGGUCUGUGUGGAGUAACUGCUCGAAAGACUGCGGGGAGGGAUUUCAAACACGAUAUCGAAACUGUGCACAACCACCGCCUGGGAGAUACGGUAAAGACUGUUAUCGUUUCGGCCCAAACAAUGACAAAAAGCCUUGCUUCUUGAAAAUAUGUCCCAUCGACGGAAAAUUCAGCGAAUGGAGCAGCUUUUCGGCUUGCGACAGAUCGUGUGGCGGAGGAAAGCAAUUUAGAACUAGGCAAUGCAACAAUCCACCAGCGGUUUUCGAAGGGAAGCCUUGUGAGGGACCACCGCGGCAAGAACAACCCUGUAAUACUCAUGAGUGUCCUAUUGAUGGCGGUUAUACGCAGUGGAGUGAGUACGGGCCGUGCUCUGUAACGUGUGGAGAGGGAGUUAAGACCAGAAGGAGGACAUGUUCAAACCCGCCGCCGAGCAAAGGUGGAAAACCUUGCACGGAUCCAGCAGAGGAAUAUACCCAAUGCGGCGGUCCGUGUCCUGUUGAUGGUGGUUACACGGAGUGGACCGAAUACGGACCAUGUUCCGUAACGUGUGGCAAAGGAACUAGGAUCAGAACGAGGACAUGUACAAAUCCAAGGCCAAGCGAUGGCGGAAAAUCCUGCGAUGAACCCUCCAGCGAAUACAUUGCCUGCGAUGAGGGAGCGUGUCCAGCGAUUCAAAAACCAGAAGAAACACAACGAGGCGAUCAACUCGCACCACAACCUGAUCGACAGGCGCCGGCUUAAUAUCACAAGGACAGAAUCAGUAACACGACUGUAAUUUACUUAUGUCUACAGGUAAUUAGAAAAAUUAUUAAUGAUUGAUUUUUUAAGUAGUACUGUUCUGAGAGGAACAUUUCGUGACAAUAUUAGCGUGUUGGCAAAUGACACGCUACAAUAAGCAAAUAUCAAGGAUGUGGAACACCUCUCUGAGUCAAAAGAGAUGUUCACAAUUCUUACUCGUAUUGACAGAUUGAUAUUCGAAUGACCAGUUUGCAAAACGAUGCAGAGUAGCAAAAGGGGAAAAACAGAAUUCAAUUUUAUAAAAUUUAUGCAGAAAUAGGGCUGUUAUUAAUACUUAGUAAAAUGAAUGUAUAUCAAGAAACGGGAGGGUUAUAAAUAUUUAUCAGAGAAUUGUGGUACGGACUCGAAUCGUUAGAGUUUUGCUUUGAAAUUGUGAUUCGAUCAGGAAAAAUCUUUCAUAUCUCACAGAGUAUAGGGAAAAUAACUAGGGAUAGAAAAAAGAAGAAGAGAACAAAAACAAAAGAAAA